AGUGGGAUAUGGACGCGUAGAGUCGCCAACACAAAAAUCGCCAAAGACUCUGAAGCGGCUGUUUAUAUGGACUAGAAUAGACCUGUUUCACAAUAUCGACAGCGUUACUAUUUUUAGAACUGACAGAUCGAACCGAAAUCAAAACGAGGCUCAACGUGUAAAAAUCGAUUGCUCAUUAUUGACGGCGCAAUCUUAAAGAUGGAGAACUACCUACAAUUUGAUUUAGAAACUCUACAUAACCUGACUUGCAAGCAACUAAAAGAACUAUUGAGAACUCACGAUGAAAGUGUAAGCGCGUCAAAGGCAUCAUUAGUUUCGCGCUUGUUUGCUGUAAUAAGCAAGGAAAGACAAAAAACGAAACCCGGAAGUGAAAAUGUUGACGACUGUUUGGUGGGGAAAGUUGAUAUUAACAUUCCAGAAAAUUGUGCUUUCUCGGACUUAAUCGUGUUGGCUGACACUUCAGAAUGGUCGUCUGAUUUGAGACAUUUACCCAUCCACAAUUUCCACCAGCUGUACGAGUAUCUAGUACAAGAAACCAGCAAGUAUGGGGCCAUUGUUUUGAAAGGGACAAACUACAAACGUGAACGUGCCUAUCAGUUUCAUAAUGAAAACCAUAUAUCGGACAUGAAAAUUGCUAAAAAUAAAGAUGUGACAUUAGCAAAAUGUAAAGUUAUUGCCUCCAUGAAGAAAUGUCGGUACAAGGUGGUUGUUGUAUUUAGUGAGAUUGGAGAUGUGAUGUAUGCAGCAUGUGAAUGUCCUGCAGGACUGGGUCUGCAUGGAGCAGGGAAAUGCAACCACAUUGGCGGUCUCCUGUUUCGUGUGGAAGAGUUCACGCGCAAGGAGUUACAGAAGGCACUAGAUACCCUGACCUGCACUUCUAAGCUGAGCAACUGGAAUGUGCCUCGCGACCUACAGAUUCCAGCUGCACCAUUAGCAGAACUUAAAAUCUACAGAAACCAGCCGGGCAAACAGACAGGUGGAAGACUCACAGUCACUUCAUAUGAUCCGCGAGCUCCACAAGAUCGCUUCAUGGACCACGCAGCCUUCCACAACCUUCAGAAAGAGCUUGAAGACUGCAUGCCAGCAUCUGGAUUCUUCUUGUUUCACAAACAAGAAGAGAUACAGGAAGAAGAUUCUAUUGUGACAGAUGACAGUUUUGUUCUAGGGCAACAUGUUGAAGUUGGUACUUCAUUUUGCCUUGAUGAUUCUGUUAAAGCCAAAUUGUCAGAUGAACACUUAAUGCAAAAGUUUGGUUGUAAUGAACAUAUUUAUGAAGAAAAUGUGUCACAAGCAGUCAACCAAUAUCCUGAAAGAACUCGUGUUGAAAAUGACAUUAUUGAUGAGGUUGAAAAAAGAACUAGGGCACAAAAUCAAUCUUCCUUGUGGAAAGAUUUACAUAAGGUGAAACUCACUGCUUCAAAUUUUGGAAAGUGCAAAAGUUCACCUGUGUCAAUUUUAAAACAAAUUUUCCAUUGCGAUGUAUUCACUGUUGCCAUGCAAUAUGGGCAUAAACAUGAACAAAAUGCCAUAUAUAAAUGCUUAUAA